GCACUCCAAAGACUUCUGCCAGUUGCAGUCCUGCUCCUGAAUCUCCCAUGAGUUCCAGUGAAUCGGUGAAAAGCCUGACUGAACUGGUACAGCAACCCUGUCCUGCUAUAGAGACAGCUAAGGAUGGCAAAUCCCAGGAGUCUGGCGAGCCGCCUGCUUCUGAAUCCCAAUCUACCACACCUUUGCCACUGUCAGGCCACUCAGCACUCAGCAUUCAAGAACUGGUUGCUAUGUCCCCUGAGCUGGAUACGUACGGCAUCACCAAGAGGGUCAAAGAAGUGCUAACAGACAAUAAUCUUGGUCAGCGUUUGUUUGGGGAGACAAUCCUAGGGCUAACACAAGGCUCUGUCUCAGACCUCCUGGCUCGCCCCAAGCCCUGGCACAAGCUGAGUCUGAAGGGACGGGAACCCUUUGUCCGCAUGCAGCUGUGGCUGAACGAUCCCAACAACGUGGAGAAGCUGAUGGAUAUGAAGCGCAUGGAGAAAAAAGCCUACAUGAAACGGCGACACAGCUCCGUCAGCGACAGUCAGUCUUGUGAGUCCUCCUCCGCAGGGAUCGACUACAGCCAGGGAGCCAGCCCGCAGCCCCAGCACCAGCUGAAGAAGCCCCGGGUGGUGCUGGCACCAGAGGAGAAGGAAGCUCUGAAACGAGCCUACCAGCAAAAGCCAUACCCAUCACCAAAAACCAUUGAGGAACUCGCUACGCAGCUCAACUUGAAAACCAGCACCGUGAUCAACUGGUUCCACAAUUACAGGUCUCGCAUCCGUCGGGAGCUGUUCAUCGAGGAGAUCCAGGCUGGGGGCCAGAGCCAGGCGGGGUCGAGCGACUCGCCCUCCGCCAGAAGCAGCAGGGCCGCUCACAGCUCCGAGGGAGACAGCUGCGACGGCGUGGACGCAGAGGGCCCCCCUGAGGGCAAGCCCGGCGGCCCGGAGGCGGAUGAGUACAGCAAUGCAACCACAAAGUCUCAGGGAGGGCCAGCGGAGUCGGCUCUCGAGGCGGGGGAGGAGGCACUGCGAGGCGCUGCCAGGCUGCCGGAGAAAGCGGAGCCCUCCCGGGCGGAGAGCCUGGAGGACACCGACGACGAGGGCAG